AUGCUUAUCACUGCUAUCAUGCAAUUUCCUCCCAUACCCACUUUUGUUGAUCUUCGUGCUCGUCUCCUCGCCUUCGAUGCUCAACAAUCUCUCACUGCUCUCAUGGCCUCUCCACCACCACCGCAAGCUUUUUAUUCCGCCCAUUCCCAACAUUCCCGUUCUAGCCAUCCUCGUUGUUCUCGUGGCCCACUCCAUGGUUCCCAGUUUCACCGCUUCAGACCUUCCUCUAGUGCAUCAACCCGUCCUACUUUUUCAGGUUCAAGCCAGCCCCAUAACCGGCCUUCCCGCUCCUCCCAGCCCAGCACUAGUGUUUUGGGGCCUCUUCCGACACCGCGCCCCCUCUUCAAUGUUGGAACUGCUAACAAUUUGGCCAUAUUGCUACUCGGUGCCCACUAUCUUCUCGUGAUGCUGACUUCUCUCCUCAUUUUGCUGGCAUGCAUAUCUAUCAAACCUUUGACCCCAAUUGGUACUUGGACUCUAGUGCCACCAAUCACAUGA